AUUAUUUUAUUACUCAACAUUUGGCCAACCUGCUUACAUUCAUCGAACGACGAUGAACGAAUAACCUAAACUUUAGGUUUGAUUGGCUUUUAGAAAAGUUUUACAUCCAUAAUUUGAUAUAUUACAUGUAUGCCGUUAAAAACAGGAGUGCUUUAAAAAAAUCUAUUCCAUAUUACAUCGUAACUAUAUAAUUGAAAAAACGAUGAAACAAAUUUUAUGUAGUAGAUUGGGGCACAGUGUAUUACUCGUAUCAAAAUCUUCUAAAUAUCCAAUAUCCAAAAUUACAACACGAUGUUUAAUGUCAGGAAAAAUAAACAAAUUAUGCAGGCCAAUAUUGGCAUCUCCACAUAUACGUUACUUUGCAAAUCCUAAUCGUGGCUAUGCCAUGGUCAUUGCUAGGAUAUUAAGAGGUGCAUUGAAAGUACGAUACAUACUAUUAGGUGGUGCUUUAGGUGGUGGAGUUACAUUACAAAAAAAAUAUGAACAAUGGAAGGAAGGUUUACCGGAUUUGUCUUGGAUAGAUAAUUUUAUUCCUACCGAACAACAAUGGCAAAAAUUUCGUGGCUCACUGGUAGAAGCAAAAACUAUAUUAAUUGAUAAGAUCGAAAUAGAUCCACGUAUAAAGGAAUUUGGGGAGGCUAAAUAUAAUGAGUACAGGAGAUGGUUUGAUCAAAGAUUGGAGAAUGCUGUUAAAGCAGCAGAGGAGAGAGCAUUAAGAGAUGUCGAACAAGAAGAAUCAUCUACACGUGUAAUUGACGCAAUCACAACGAUAGCAAACCAAGUUUAUUCAGAAGCGAAAGAUGAAUUAUCAAAGAAUGCGGUUGCUUUUGCUCGUCCAUUAGUUAAUGAGAAUAUUGAAGAAGAACGCAGAAAAGCUCAAUCGUCACAACAGAGAUUAGAUGCUAUGCAAGAUGAAUUAAUGCAAAUGCAAUUAAAAUAUCAACGUGAACUUGAAAGAUUAGAAAGGGAGAAUAAAGAAUUACGGAAACAAAUGUUAUUAAGAGGAAAUCAGAAAGUAAAUAAUAGAAAAAUAAAGAAAUCCUUGAUAGAUAUGUAUAGUGAUGUUUUGGAUGAAUUAAGUGAAUAUGACAGUGCUUAUUCGACUGCUGAUCAUCUACCUAGAGUAGUAGUUGUUGGUGAUCAAAGUUCUGGUAAAACAUCUGUACUAGAAAUGAUUGCUCAAGCAAGAAUAUUUCCAAGGGGUGGUGGUGAAAUGAUGACACGUGCACCAGUCAAAGUUACUUUAAGUGAAGGACCAUAUCACAUUGCACAAUUUAAAGAUAGUUCUCGUGAAUUUGAUUUGACUAAAGAAUCAGAAUUAGCCGAGCUUAGACGAGAAGUUGAAUUACGUAUGAAGAAUAGUGUGAAAAAUGGGAAAACAGUUAGUCAAGAUGUUAUUUCUAUGACUGUAAAAGGCCCUGGUCUUCAACGUAUGGUGUUAGUUGAUCUUCCUGGUAUUAUUAGCACAGUUACUGUUGACAUGGCAGAAGAUACUAAAGAUGCUAUUCGACAAAUGACUCAACAAUACAUGAGUAAUCCUAAUGCUAUAAUCCUAUGCAUUCAGGAUGGAUCGGUUGAUGCAGAAAGAAGCAAUGUAACUGACCUCGUUUCUCAAAUGGAUCCUACUGGAAAAAGAACUAUUUUUGUUUUAACUAAAGUAGAUUUAGCAGAAGAAAAUUUAACUAAUCCAGAAAGACUCAAGAAAAUACUGCAAGGAAAAUUAUUCCCCAUGAAAGCUUUAGGUUACUUUGCUGUUGUCACUGGUCGUGGUAAACAAGAUGAUAGUAUACAAACUAUCAAGGAUUAUGAAGAAAAAUUCUUUAGAAAUUCCAAACUUUUUAAAGAUGGUUUGGCUAUGUCUGGUCAAGUAACUACUAGAAAUUUGAGUUUAGCAGUAGCUGAAUGUUUUUGGAAAAUGGUAAGGGAAACGGUAGAGCAACAAGCUGAUGCCUUCAAAGCAACUAGAUUUAAUUUAGAAACAGAAUGGAAAAAUAAUUUCCCAAGAUUACGUGAGUUGGAUAGAGAUGAAUUAUUUGAAAAGGCCCGUGGUGAAAUUUUGGAUGAAAUCGUGAAUUUAUCUCAAGUAUCACCUAGACAUUGGGAAGAAGUUUUAAUGACACGAAUUUGGGAAAAAGUUAGUAUGCAUGUAUUUGAAAAUAUCUACUUGCCUGCGGCACAAAGUGGAGGUCCAGGUACAUUUAAUACAACCGUCGAUAUUAAAUUGAAACAAUGGGCAGAUCAGCAAUUACCAGCUCGUAGCGUUGAAAGCGGGUGGGAAUGUUUACAACAAGAAUUUCAAAAUUUCAUGGCACAGGCACGUUUGAAUCCUGAUCACGAUGAUAUUUUUGAUAAUUUAAAGAAUGCUGUAGUGAGCGAGGCUAUGAGAAGACAUUCGUGGGAAGUAAAAGCAUCUGAAAUGUUACGAGUUAUUCAACUAAACACAUUGGAAGAUAGAAGUAUAGGCGACAAACGAGAUUGGGAUCAAGCUGUACGAUUUUUGGAAACUUCUGUUAAAGAAAAAUUACAAAGUACCGAACAAAUUUUACGAGAUAUGUUAGGUCCUAAUCGUAAGGAACGUUGGUUUUAUUGGCAAAGUCAAACGGAGGAACAACAAAAACGGUCUGCAGUCAAAAAUGAAUUAGAUAAAAUUCUUUACACAGACAAAAAACACGCACCUACUCUUAGCCAGGACGAGCUCACGACUGUUAGGAAAAAUUUGCAACGGAAUUCCUUGGAAGUAGAUAAUGAAUUUAUACGUGAAACUUGGCAUCCGGUUUAUAGAAGAUUUUUCUUACAACAAAGUUUAGCCAGAGCUUAUGAUUGUAGAAAAGGCUACUUUCUUUAUCACACUGGUCAUGAAACUGAAAUGGAGUGUAACGAUGUGGUACUUUUCUGGCGAAUUCAACAAGUACUAAAAGUAACAUCGAACGCAUUAAGACAGCAAAUAAUAAAUCGUGAAGCUCGUAGGUUAGACAAGGAAAUUAAAGAAGUUCUAGAAGAUUAUAGCCAAGAUAAUGAAAUGAAGAUCAAAUUACUCAUAGGUAGACGUGUUACGUUAGCUGAAGAAUUAAAACGCGUUAGACAAAUUCAAGAAAAACUUGAAGAAUUUAUUCAAGCAUUGAAUAAAGAAAAAUGAAGCAAUGAUAGAAGAGAAAAACUAUUGAACUAUUGAAUGCUACGCAAGCUGUGAGAAAAUAUUUUCGAUGUCUACUUUAUAUUUUGCGAUUUAACUUAUUUAUAUUAAUAAGACACGAAAAAAUGUUAUUAAAAUCAUGCUAGGGAAUGCAUACGAAAGGAAUAUAAUUCUUGUAAAAGAAUGAGAAUGAAAAACCCAGUCUGUCGUCGCAUAUUUUUGUGUAUCUCUUAUUACUAAGAUUUACAAGUUCAAUUUAAUCAUGUGAUAUAAAUGUAUCGAUGUAUCCGCGAAAAGAAACCAAAAGUAUGUGGAAGAAAACUUCAUUGGAGCUUCUGUGAACUAAAAAAAAAAAACAAAU